UUGCAUCUUACAUAAGUGAACUAUCCCACAAAACAUGUACCCUCACGUGGAUACCAUGUCGGAAAAUCCUCCAACUCCGACCUAUUCAGUCGCCGGACAUCAAGAUCCAAUCCCGGCUUCGGGAAUUCCGGGAGUUCAAUCCCAUCCCAUGACCAUCCAUCAUCAUAUGCGUCAUCAACCAUAUAUCCCCCACAACUUAUCACGAAUUCCCUCCGCUCCGUUACCCGGGCAAUGGACUUCCGGUCUUUGUCAUUGUUUCGACGACCCCGUAAACUGUGCAAUCACUUGUGUAUGUCCAUGUAUCACUUUUGGACAAAUAACCGAAAUCAUCAACCGAGGAUCCAAAUCUUGUGUUUCGAGGGGAUUUUUAUUUGGAAUGUUGGCUAUGGUGGGAGGUGCAUGUUUUUAUUCAUGUUUUUACCGAUCAAAGCUACGGGGACAAUACGAUUUGCCGGAGGAACCUUGUACGGAUUGCUUGGUUCAUUUUUGCUGUGCUGCUUGUGCUCUUUGUCAAGAAUAUAGAGAGCUCAAAAAUCGUGGAUUUGACAUGGGAAUUGGUUGGGAAGCCAACAUGGACAGACAAAAGCGCGGAGUAACAAUGGCUCCUAUUGUAGUUCCCGGGAUGGCAAGAUAAUUAAUGAUGAUGAUCCAUGUUUAUCCAUGCAUGCUUUGUUAAGCUAUAUCAUGCUACUCAUAGUAAUGGCUUCUUGUUUGGUAGUAGUGUGUGCUUAAUUGUAAUCCACAUCAUAUGCAUAUAUAUAUAUUUGCAAUAAACAUACACAGUUUCGAGUGGUUAAAA